UGGAGCCAACGUUGUUCGACUCCGCUUUGUUCAAACAGCGAGGCCCCGAAAAGGAAACCGAAACGUACAAUCUCUCUCUCUCUCGCUCGUUGAACUCAUAAGCUCAGUUUUCCUUUCUCUCUCUAGCAGCCAUCCUUCUCUCUCUUUCUUUCGAACUGCGUCGUCUCCGCCAAUGAAGCUACGACCCACCAACCCAUCAAAUUCCUUCGCCGCCAAAGGCCCCCUCAUAUGACGAUACCGCCCUUACCAGCCGCGGUCUUCUUCCUCGCCAUCGCAGCCGUCCUUCCCGCCGCCCUUGGACUGGGCGCGGGCGCCACCGUCGCCGCCGCCUACGCCUCCGCGACCGUGUGCGGCGUCGUCUCCGGCCAGCCCACGCGCCCCGUCCAGUGCUACCGCGGGGGCCGGCUCCUCAGCGUCGACCCCAACGUCUCCUUCUCCGAGGUCUCCGGCGGCCGGGGCUACUUCUGCGGCCUCAAGUCGGGCGGGUCCGCCUUCCUCUGCUGGGACACUCUCAGUUCCAGUUCUACCCUCGUCCCCAGAAGGGUCUACCACAACGAGUCAGCCCCGUUGAGGAAUCUCGCCGUUGGCGACGACCAAGUCUGUGCAUUGGUGAAUGCCACAGGAGAGGUGAAAUGCUGGAGGAUCGAUGACUCUUUUAAGGUACCAUCCGGGGCCGAUCGAUUCUUGUCGAUUUCAUCUGGGUUUGGGUUUUCCUGCGGAAUUUCGGUGAAUACGAGUAAUGUCCAAUGUUGGGGUAGCAGUCAAAUCAUGGAUGCUAUUCAAGACGGGUUUGGGAACAUGCCGGUGUCGAGUAUCGUCGCAGGUGGUUCACAUGCUUGUGGGUUUAAUUCUACUGGUUUUGUAGUUUGCGGAGGGAAGAAUGAUUUUGGGCAGCUAGAUGUUCCUUCACAUUCCGCCUUUGAGUUCUCUUUGUUGUCUCUAGGUGCUAGUCAUAGCUGUGCAAUGAGGCGAGUGAAUCACACUGUCACUUGUUGGGGUGGCCAUGGUCAGUAUUCAGCUAAUGGAACUGAUGUAACUUCGUUUGAGUCGAUUGUUUCGGGUUCAAAUUUCACUUGUGGAUUGUCAUCGAGUAAUCUUUCAAUCAUGUGUUGGGGUCCUGGUUGGCCUAGCGGUUCGGCUGGGGGGCUCGAGGAGCUUCCAUUGACAGGAAUCCUUCCAGGGCCUUGUGUUCAGUCAGCUUGUGAAUGUGGCAUACAUGGUCUGUCACAGACUCUAUGCAGCAGCUCUGGUGUGAUUUGCCUGCCCUGUGCUAACCAAUUACAAAUCCCUCCACCUCCCCCACAAUCAAUGCCGCCACAAUUGCCACCAGCGCCGGUCUCCCCUCCAUCCUCCCCAUCACGAGCUCUUAGGAGGGGCUUGUUGGCCUUUGCGAUUGUUGGAUCAGUUGGGGCAUUAGCAGGAAUUUGCACGUUGAUUUACUGCUUGUGGAGUGGGGUAUGUUUCGGGAAAAAGAAGGUGCAUAAUUCAGUUCAACCUACAAUUACUAGGGGGAAUUCAAAUGGCGAGACGACGUCGAACACUAGCCCUCCUUCGAGAUCAUCCACCAUAAGGCGCCAGAGCUCAAGAGCGAUGAGGCGCCAGAGAAGCGGAACAUCUUCGAAGCACGCCGAUAAGGCGGAGGAAUUUUCUUUAGCAGAGCUAGCAGUGGCCACUGGCAACUUCUCCGUCGAGAACAAAAUCGGAGCCGGCAGCUUCGGUGUUGUUUACAGAGGGAAAUUACCUGAUGGUCGUGAAGUUGCCGUAAAAAGGAGUGAAACCGGUCCAAAGAUGAAGAAGUUCCAGGAGAAAGAAAGCGCUUUUGAAUCGGAAAUUUCGUUCUUGUCCCGGCUUCACCACAAACACUUGGUUAGGCUAGUUGGUUAUUGUGGAGAAAAAGAUGAGAGGCUCCUAGUAUAUGAAUACAUGAAGAACGGAGCUCUUUAUGAUCACUUGCAUAAUAAAGACAAUGUCGAGAGAAGUAGUAGUCCUCUGAACUCGUGGAAGAUGCGGAUCAAGAUUGUGUUAGAUGCCGCCAGAGGGAUCGAGUAUCUACACAACUAUGCAGUGCCUCCCAUUAUACACAGAGACAUCAAAUCUUCCAACAUACUGCUAGACGCCAACUGGACGGCCCGAGUGUCCGAUUUUGGAUUGUCGUUGAUGGGUCCUGCAUCCGAUGAUGAUCUGAGACCAUCCAAGGCUGCAGGAACAGUAGGGUACAUUGAUCCCGAGUACUACGGUCUAAAUGUGUUGACAGCGAAGAGCGACGUGUAUGGCCUAGGGGUGGUGUUGUUAGAGUUACUAACAGGGAAGCGCGCAAUAUUUAAGAACGGCGAGGACGGAGGGAUGCCGAUCAGCAUUGUGGAUUUUGCCGUUCCCGCGAUAAUGGCCGGGGAGUUGGCGAAGAUUCUGGACUCGAGGGUGGGGUCACCAGAGCUGAACGAGGCGGAGGCGGUCGAGCUGGUGGCUUACACAGCGAUGCACUGCGUGAACUUGGAAGGGAAGGACAGGCCAACCAUGACCGACAUUGUAGCUAAUUUAGAGAGGGCAUUAACUCUAUGUGAAGAUAGCCAUGGGAGCAUCUCUAGCGGCACAGUCUCCAUCGUUUCGGAAUGAAACCGAGGAUCAAAUAAACAGAGCCAAAAAAGAAAAAAACAGAGGAAAAACAGA